CAGCAGCUGCGGGCGCGGGGCGGGCGGAGAAGGGUGCCUCGGGGCCGUGAACGGAGCUGUGGGGCUCGGCCGAGAGGGAGCUGCUGUCGGGGCGGCGGGUCGUCCCGCUGACGCAGGUGUGCGGUGCUGCGUGCCGUGCUGCCCUGGCUGGUCCCUCCCUAGCGCUGGGGACGGGCGCGGCAGCGGCGGGGCCGUCGCGGACAGGUGGUGUCGGUGCUGUCCGACGGCUGCCGGGGCGGGCGGCGCGGGGUGAGGCCGCCUCGGUACCGUUGUUCCCUCUGUACCCGCAGGUGCAGGCAGCGUCGGGCUGUUCAGCACCCGGCCUGACCUCUGCUCAGAUGGAGGCGUCGCUCGGAGGAAGAGGGCACGGUGAGGUGUCCCUGGGACGGUAGCCAAAGAGAAGUCCUGCAUUUCUAGCCCAGCCCCCCACCCCCCGGGGCAGUCUCCUCUGCCGCUUUGUUGUGUUUUCGAUCCAGGAGAGUGUGGGCUGCUGCUGGCAGCUACAGGAUGAAGUCGCCUCCCUGCUGCAUGUCUCUUUCUUCCCAAGCAUCCCUGGAGGAACCGGGGAGUAGCACAUCCCUGGGUUCCCUGGACUCCAGUGUUUUCAACAGUGAGGAAGAGCAGGGUCCCCUGCUCCAGAAGGUCAUUCCCUCUUUGGACUGCUUUACUAUCAAUGUAGGAGGCAGCCGCUUUGUGAUGUCCCAGCAAACUUUGUCUUGCUACCCUGACACCCGUCUUGGCAAACUGGCAGUAGUGGUCUCUGCUGCCCGGGAUGUGGCCUCUGGCCUCCUUGAGCUCUGUGAUGAUGCCAACCUCGUGGAGAAUGAAUAUUUCUUUGACCGAAGCUCACAGGCAUUUCAUUACAUCCUGAAUUACUACCAGACAGGGAGGCUGCAUGUGAUGGAGCAGCUUUGUGCGCUUUCUUUCCUGCAAGAGAUCCAGUACUGGGGUCUGGAUGAGCUCAGCAUCGAUUCCUGCUGCAGAGACCGGUACUUCAGGAGGAAGGAGCUGAGUGAAGCCUUAGACAUCAAGAAAGAUGCAGAAGAACUGGAUGCCCAAGACGAAGAAGAGGACUUUUCUGGUAGUCUCUGUCCCAGUGUUAGACAGAAACUUUGGGAAGUUUUGGAAAAGCCUGGCUCCUCUGCAGCAGCCAGGACUUUUGGCACUCUGUCCAUGGCUUUUGUUGUUGUGUCCAUUGCCAAUAUGGCUUUGAUUUCAGUAGAGCUAAGCUGGCUGGCACCACCGCUACUGGAUGCCCUAGAGUACCUGUGCAUUGCAUGGUUCACAGUGGAGUUUGUUCUGAGGUUCCUGUGUGCACGGGAUCGGUGUCGCUUCCUAAGGAGUGUGGCAAACAUCAUAGACCUCCUUGCUAUUUUACCUUUCUACAUCACCCUGCUGGUGGAGAGCCUCUGUGGCGGGGAGAGCUCUCAAGAACUGGAGAACGUGGGGCGCAUUGUGCAAGUGCUGAGGCUGCUCAGAGCCCUGCGGAUGUUGAAGCUGGGGAGACAUUCAACAGGCUUGCGGUCUCUUGGGAUGACUAUUGCACAGUGCUAUGAGGAAGUUGGCCUUCUGCUGCUUUUCCUCUCUGUAGGAAUCUCUAUAUUUUCUACUGUGGAGUACUUUGUUGAGCAAGGUGUGCCAGGCACAACUUUCACAAGCGUACCUGGUGCUUGGUGGUGGGCAACAACUUCCAUGACAACUGUUGGUUAUGGUGACAUUAGACCCGACACUACCAUUGGUAAGGUAGUGGCCUUUAUGUGUAUACUAUCAGGAAUACUGGUUUUGGCUUUGCCAAUAGCUAUUAUAAAUGACCGUUUUUCUGCCUGUUACUUUACACUGAAGAUAAAAGAAGCUGCUCUUAGGCAGCGUGAAGCUUUAAAGAAACUCAUGAAGAACUCAUCCAGCGAUUCAAACAUCAAUGUUAAUUUGCGAGACAUUUAUGCACGUAGUGUCAUGGACAUGUUGCGGUUAAAAAGCAGAGAGAGAGCAAGUACAAGGAGCAGUGGAGCAGAUGAUUUUUGGUUUUGACUUUGAAGUUAUUUAGCCUUGUAUAGCAAAUAGACGACUUCAAAAAUGUAGUAUUAAGCAUCUCUUUUUUUAUUAUUCACCACGUAGUGUAUUUGCUUUUCCAGCUGGAGUUCUACUUGCUUGGACAGAGUGAGAUAACUAUUGUAUACAAAAGGCAGAAUUCAUAAUAUGGAGCCCUCAAGGAGUCUCUCAAGGAGCCCUGAAACCUACUUCCAGAACUGAAUCAUGGUGGGUGAGAUGGGAAAUAAUGGGCCCAUCAUGUAAAACAGUGACACAAACUCUUGUCUGUGAAUUUGAUGUCCUUGGUAAUGUAUAGUAAUAAAGUCUUAGUGAAAAUUGCCAUGGUGUUUUGAAUUUUAAAGAUCCAUAAGAUUUGUAUUUGCAUUGGGAGAGCAAAAGUCAAAGACAUUAAGGAAAACUGAAAAUGGAAGUCUAAGGAAGUGAAGUGUUGAAUAAAUUUAGGAUGACAUUCCUAUAAGGAGGUUCAUCGUGACCCCCUUUCUUACCUCCACCUUCUACUCCAUUUAGAUGAAAAAGAGGUUAUUAGACCCUGGGGAUGGGAGAGAGAAUUUCCUCGUUUGAAGAGAAAGCCUAGCAGAUACAUGAUAGGUAAAAACAUUUGGGCUACUUCAAACCCAUGCAAUGCUACAGGCUUGGGGAAGAGUGGCUGGAAAGCUGCUCCAUGGAAAAGGACCUGGGGGUGCUGAUUGACAGAGCUGAACAUGAGUCAGCUUGUGCCCAGGUGACCAAGAAGGCCAGCGGCAUCCUGGCCUGUAUCAGCAAUAGUGUGGCCAGCAGGACCAGGGCAGCAAUCAUCCCCCUGUACUCAGCACUGGUGAGGCUGCACCUCGAAUACUGUGUUCAGUUCUGGGCUCCUCACUGCAAGAGAGACAUUGAGGUGCUGGAGCAGGUCCAGAGAAGGGCAACAAAGCUGGUGAAGGGUCUGGAGAAUAAGUGUUAUGAGGAAUGGCUGAGGGAACCGGGAUUGUUCAGCCUGGAGAAAAGGAGGCUCAGGGGAGACCUUAUCGUUCUCUACAACUACGUGAAAGGAGGUUGUAGUGAGGUGGGGCUCAGUCUCCCAAGUAACAAGAGAUACGACAAGAGGUAACAGCCUCAAGUUGUGCCAGGGGGAGUUUAGACUAUUAAUAAAAAUCUAGUCACCAAAAGGGUGCUCAGGCAUUGGAACAGGCUUCCCAGGGAAGUGGUGGAAUCACUGUCCCUGGAAGCAUUCAAAAACUCUGUAGAUGAGGCCCUUAGUGACAUGGUUUAGUGGUGGUCUUGGCAGUCCUGGGGUGAUGGUUGGAGUCAAUGAUCUUAAAGGUCUUUUCCAACCUACUUGAUUCUGUGAUUCUAUGAUUAAGCCAAUGCCAGAUCUGCAGCAAAGUAUAAAAUAGUCAUUAAAUAGGUUUCAUAAUGUAGAACAUCCUCUGUGGUUGCUCUGGAAGUUGCAAAAGCUAAUACAUGGUUUGCAGGAUAAUUUACAAGUAAUUUACAAACUUAGUUUGAACUAUGCCUUGUCUAUGUGUUUUGAUUCUCCUAACUUGUUUGUGUAUCUAAGCAGUUCUUGCACUCAAGUAGUCACUGGUGGAUAUCAGAAGAAACAGAAAUAGUAAAAGAUAACGAGCUACUCAUUUCUCUAUCUCCCAUUAAAAUCAGUAGGUAUUCCUAGUGGGGCCAGAUUUAAAAAAAAAAAAAUUAAUUAUCUUCAUGGACUCAUUAUUAGAAAUAUCCUUCAUCAGAAUCUUUUGUUCCCAAGGAAAAAUGAGCACUCGUUGGACUGGAUGCUUAGUCUAAUGCAGUAAACAAAGUACAAAAUUAAAAUAAUCAAAGGUAUUUUCAGUCAAGUUUCCCACCACUUACCACUCCAAUGGGCCAAUAUAAUUCUUAGCAGGUAAAGCUUUUCUUUAAUAUAAUUACAUUGUCCUGGACUAUGAUAUUGCCACAUAUGCAUACAACUCAACUAGUAGGCUAAAUAAAAAAAUCGCAAGAGUCUCUCAUGUUUUGGGCAAUAUAAGUGCAAUCAUUAUUUGCAUUUGACAUUUUGACAUUAAUUCAACAUACUAAAAAGAAACAUCUAUUAACUGUGGAUUGUUUAAUUUUAUAAGAUAUUUAUGUAAACAGAAGGCUUAAACUGCCUUGAGGAAGUACGAAUGGGCAAAUUAACCUGCUUUUAAUAAACAUUGAAUAAUGCUUGUUUUGAAACAACAGUGUAAUUUCCUCCCAUUCCCUAUAAAUGGUGGUGUGAACAUAAUACAGCAAGUGAAGUUUUCAAAGGUUCCAACCUUGAUGCAAACUGAGUAGCAUUUCAGCAGGAAACGUCUCCUGAUUUGUCAGCUAGCAUCAGUCAGCAUUUGGAUUUAGGACCAACGCAGCAUAUGCAGCUGUCACCAGGGUGAGAAGGAAGCCAAGGGAAAACACUGGAGACCGAAAGAGUACGUCUUGCUCUACCAGAAAUUGUCUAGGUGUGAAAAUUCGUGGGUCAGCUUCAUAAUCUGCUACACAGAGAGCAAACUGUUACCACAGUGUUCCCCUCUGCCCACAUACGCUAUGAAUCCAUCACAAAACUCCCGUUGAUGUCCAGGAGACAAAAUUAAUUCUGCAAGGGAAGGUUUGAUGCAGCCCACUCUAGGUUAUUAUUUCAUAGCUCCUUGGAGCAGGAAGUCUAUCAGGCUGCACAAAUUGUACAGGCUGUUUCUCAUUCAAAAGUCAUUCUAAUUAUAGAGAAUUAGGAAGAAGCUUGCAUUGUGUGAAGGCUGUUUUGUAAUGUCUUUUGUGCUUUCUUGUACAGCAUCCGAUCUCUGUUUGAGAAAGGAAAUGCAGUUAGAUGGCUGAUUGAUUCUCUUUAGGGAAAGGCUGCUUUUAUUGCAUCCUGUGCCUUUUAUGAAGGACUCAAAAGAACGAGAGAAAUGUUCUGGGAUGUACCAGUUGAUUCACUCCUUUCAGCAGAUCUGGAGAUAAAGUUUCCUAGAAAUGCCCAUGAGGAAGCGUGGCUGAGGCUUUAUCCGGUAGCUGCUUUAGCUGCUAUUUCCAGACCUCUUGAUUUUAAAUUAGAAGUCUCCCAAGAAGUGUUUGUCAAUCAUGCUGUUUAUGCAGCAAGGUUAUCUAUCACAUUAUGGGCUGAGACUAGCAAAUCAUUUUGCAGAUUAAGGCCAGUUCUGCUCUCAGCUCUUACAGACAGAAAGACCAAAGCAACAAACAGUACGGGACAUUACAACUCUAAAACAUGAAGCUACAACAUGCGCUCACUACCACAGAUUUAGAAAAUAGCUCAGUCACCACUAAAGGCACCAAAUUAAGGAUGUUCCUGUGCUAUCUUUAGAAUAUCACACUAAAGAUAAGAAACUACCUCUUGUUUUCACAUCUGUUCUGCCAUUUCUACCCCACAGCAGACUUGACAGAAAGGAUCAUAUGUUAGAACAUCAGUAACAUUGGCUGAAAAUUCAGCAUUUUAGCUUAAAACGCCAAGUAGUUGCAAAAACUGACAUCAAAGGGUGUAGCUACAGCACUUAAAGCAAGCCUACAUUAAUCUUGGUUUCCUAGUAUAGGAAACAAUAAUAGUGAAAAUCAUAGAAUCGUAGAGUGGAUUGAGUUGGAAGACACCUUAAAGGACAUCUAGUUUUACCCCCCCUGCCAUGGGCAGGGACACCUUCCACUAGACCAAGUUGCUCAGAGCCCCAUCCAACCUGGCUUUGAGCACUUCCAGGUAUGGGGCAGUGUCUUUCAGUUUAAAGCCAUUACCCCUUGUCCUAUGCCUACAUCUCUUACAGAAAGUCCCUCUGCGGCUUUCUUGGAGUGGCAUACACUGCAGUGCAGACUAACACUCUGAAAAAUUUUGUACAUUUGUUUAUAGAUUCUUAGGAGCAACUUUUAGCUGGGGACAGCUUUUAGUGUGGUCCAAACCCACCAGAACUGUUUAAACAUCACUAAAAUUCUUCAUUGUUAUUCUUUCUUUGAAGAAAGCCAACAGCCUCCUGGGGCGCACCAGGCAGAGCAUUGCCAGCAGGUCAAGAGUGGAAGUCCUGCUCCUUUGCUCAGCCCUGAUGAGGCACAUCUGGGUGAUGAGUCAGUGCUGGGCUCUCCAGUACAAGAAAGAUGGGGAAAUGCUGGAGAUAGUCCAGCAAAAUAUUGUAGUCCCAGGCUGCAGAGACCAGCAUGUCAGGGAAACCCCAUGCCCAGGACGGGUGAGUGUGCUGGUGGUUAUGGGUGGAUUUGUCACUUCUGGGGGUUUUAGAAAGGUAUGUAGAAAUUCUUGUUUGUUAAUAAUUUACAAGAGUCUAAUAUUGUGAUUUACCUGUUGUACUGUACUGGUAUUGAUCCCAAGUGGAUAGUUCACUGAUCACUUUAAUUAUGUGGUGUUAGUAAGUCAAUAAAGCACUUCAAUCUUGAUUUGA